AUAACAACCACAUGUAAAUAGCAUUGGGAACCAUCUUGUGAGUGUUGGAAGUGAAAAAUAGUGCAUGUGCUAAAUAAUACCGAUAGUUCGCUAUUCUGUCGGCUAAUCAAGAAACAUGCCUGGCAGUGCAAUCUCAGCGGUGGAAAGUCACACUUCUUCAGCGUCAUCAAGAAGAGGUAAAACUAAGAACUACAGAACUGUAAGCAACCAUUCACAAAUAGACGAGUCUUUAUUCGGCGCCCCAAAUCAUGUCGGCAAACGUCAGGAAAUGCUGCAGGACAAAUGGAAUAACAACCAAGAAGUAACCAUUGAACAGAUGGCAAGAGAAAGGAGUGCAAAAAGGAAACAUAGCAAUGGGAAGAAGGGAAAAGAAACUGUUCAAGUGAUUACAAAAGACUUAAUCAGAAAUUUAAUAGUUCCCACAGAGGACCCAUCAGGCCAGACCAUGAUUCUUCAACGAUAUGAUUUCUACAGAAUACUGAAGUCAGCAGAAGUGUUAACAAAAGAGCAAAAAUUAUCCGAGUUAAUCCGCAUAAAGGAAGAAAAACUCCGCGAGCAGGAGGAAUGCCAAAGACGUAAAAAUGAAAUGAAGGAAUAUGAUAUGGAUCGAAGGAAAAAUGAGAAACUGAACGAUCUAGAGGAGGAGGCGAAAGAGAAUGCAGAACAUCUACUGUCCAAAGCUAACGAGAUGCGACAGGAACAGGAGGAUGAGAUCAAACACCUUAAUGAGUUGAUUCUGAACGCUAAGUGCCAUGCCAUCAGGGAUGCCCAGAUCCUGGAGAAACACCAGAUCAAGGGAGAGAUGAUCAGCGAAGAAAAGCGUUUGGACUCCAUGAUGGAGGUUGAUCGACAGAAUGCAAUCAAGAUCCAGGAGGAGAUUGAGAAUCAGAGAAAGGGUGAACGCUAUCUUGGAGCAGCCAAACUUCUCGACCAGAUUCAGGAAAAUGAACAAGAACGUCUCUUUGAGCUGGAGAGGAAGGACAUGGAAAAUGUACAGAUGCAGAAAUGCAUUGAAAAGAUGAUGGAGGAAGAUAAGACCAGCCUUGAGAAGCAUAAAAUUAAACAGACUGAUCUAAGGGAGGAACUAAACAAAGCCAAUGAUGAGAUGAUAAUCCGAAAGACUCUCAGAGCAGAACAGGAAAGAGCAGAGGAGGAGAAGGUCGUUGAGUACAUGAAAAAGAAAGCUGAGAGAGAGGCUGCAUUUGAGAAGGAACAAGAACGUAUCAGGAUAGAGAAGGAAAAAGAGACAUCCCGACUACGAGCCCUUCAGGAACGUGCCAGGGACGAACAAGCAGAACGGGAUAUGCUGCGAGCCAAGCGCGCCCAGGAACAGACAGAGAGAGAAUGGAGAAAGAAGGAGGCUGAGGAACAGCGCAAAAAGGCUGAAACAGAAGCCAUGUUGAUUGAAGCACGUGGCAUACAGAUGCACCAGAAAGAACACUUCCUGGCAGUCCAGGCACAAAGGGAGCGCGUCGAGUUCGAGAGAGUUCUUCGGGCCCAGAAGGAGCUUGUCGAGAAGGAACGUCGCGAGGAGUUUGAAUCUACCAAGAAACGUCAUGCCCAUGCCGAUGAUGUACGGUAUCAGAUUCGCCAGAAGGAAACGCAGCGCGUCAUGGAGCGUAAUGCAUUCUUUGAGGAGGGUGUUAAGUUGGACGAGGAAGCUCGUGCCCGACGAAACAAGUUAGAGGAAGUUAAGAGGAAGAAACUUGGAGAGUUGAGAAAUGCAGGAAUUCCAGAAAAGUAUUUGUCACAAGUGGAAAGAAAGAUCAUCUCAUCCCAGCAAAUCAGUGCUUGAUGAACACCUUUCAAACUGUCAAAAUUACAAACCUUUUCAGGAUCAAGAUUAAACUAUUCUUGGAAUCCAUGGCAUUGAAAUUUAAAAUAUUAUUUAAAUUCAUGCAAUGAGAGGCUAACAUUUAAAAUGAGAAGAAGAUGAAAGUAGCCCAAUAGAGUUCAAUUCUGUUUAUUUCAAGCAUGGAGCCGACAAAACACUUUAAAUAAAAUCCUGAUCCACGAACCUGGGUAUGUUGUGUUAUGAUGAUGGUGAAAUAAAAGGAUUUGAUGAAAAUGAAGAAACAUAAAAUGAACAUUGAUAGUGUUCAAUAUUAAGGCUUUUUCUUUGAAAGAGUUCAUUUAAGAAGUAUUUUUACGUUAUUGUGUGUAUGAAAAUGAUUCCUCAUUGCUCUAACAGUGUAAAGUGUUAGGUUUUAUGUCUAAAUAUUACAAAAUGUUUUUGAAGCCGUCCAGCAUCAUUCUAUGUUUACGCCAUUUUUCAGUAAGUUCAUUGUGAAUAUCAUAAUUUUGUAUUGUCAUUUUCUUCCCAAACCAAAUACUUCCUACAUUUUUCAGCAGACCGUCAAUACUUUCAACUGAUAAUUAAUGGAAUCUGACAUUUAUUUAUUUUUUUAGGUUGAUUUGAAAUAUUCGGAUUGACAUUUUUUGGCCAAUAAAUCGUAAACUCAGCUUUUUUUUAAUUUUUAAGAGACGAUAUGGCCAGAAUAGUUUACUUAAUGUUGAAUUUUUGUUCUUGUUUUUUUUUAGAGCACACUAUUUUGGGCUGUAUCCAAGUGCGUUGAAACUGUGAUAUAUAUAUUUACUGUACAUUGUACUGUUUAAUUUUAUCGUCAUGUGAUAAUUAGUUAAAGUCAGACUAGUGUGCUCAGUUCUCAUAGUACUACAUAACAUUUAAAAAAACAAAUCACUGGCAAAUAUGUUCAAACAAGUAUUCUAUAAUAAUAUACAAUACAUUCGACCUUGUGAAUACUACUAGCAAGUGGAGUAAUUUUAUCUCAUUUGCAAUCAUAUUAAAAUAGAAACUAAUAAACACAGUGUGUUUUGAGUUUGUUUUUUAAAUCAUUCACAUAAAUUUAUAUCAGAUAAGUCAAAAAUGUUUCUUUCUCAGGUUUUCUCAAAAUGUUCUGUCCAGGUUGUUUAUGAUAUACACAGUACAGAUAUGAACUAUUGGAAAAUUUUGAUGCUAAAACUGAAAAAAAAGCUUGUAAAUGUUCAAUUUGGAAAUAAAAUAUUUUGUAUAUGGCAUCAAAUCUUUAAAUUUCAGUAUCUGGGUUUUCAUUUUUAAUAGUUGAAUUAAUUGUAGACAGUUAUAUCACUUAUAAAUAUGUGUUGACAUUCAAGAUGUUGAAUAUAAUUAAAGAAUAGAUUACUAGUUUUUAUUGAAGACAUAGAAGAAUGCUCUAAAUAUUGCCACUGUGUCAUAUUUUAAUCCAAUGUGGGUAUUUCCACUUUUUGUUGGAGAAUAUUGACAAUGCAGUCAGUGCUUGGUAAAAUGUGAUGGGUGUUUGUUCUGAAUGACAAAGUGCAGCCUCAGCAGCCUUGGUUUCACAUUAAUGAUACAAUGUAAAUAUCCUGUCUGUAAAAAAUUGAAUAAAUAACUAUUUAUUAUAUCAAC